AUGGAUUCUGAUAAGGUGAAUGCAAUGGAAUCACAGAGUAAGGCCUCUAGAUCAUAUAAUUCUAAUUUGGAAGAAGAGGUGAAAUAUCUGGAUAGAGAGUUAGUGGAUUUUAGAUUCAAGGGGCAAGAAGCUUUGGAGCAGAUCCCUGGCUAUGUGAAGUUUAUGAGGGACUUGGUAACUAAGAAGCGGAUGGUGAUCUUUGAGCCAACGGAUAAUGUGCACCAUUGUAAUGUUGUGGCUACUCGAUCGUUAGUGGAGAAAAAAAAGGACCCCAAAGCAUUCACUAUUCAAAGUACUAUUGGGUCCUUCAACUUCUCUUUAAUUUUAUGUGAUUUAGGAGCUAUCAUCAAUCUCAUUCCGUUGAUGGUAUACAGACGGUUGGGGUUCAGGGCACUGAAACCUCUAUCCAUGAGGCUGUUGAUGGCUGACUGGACUAUCAAGAAACAUGUUAGAAUUUUAUGUGAUGUAAUGGUGAAGGAUGCAUCCUUUAUAUUUCCAUCUAACUUCGUGAUCUUGGACUACGAGGUGGACUUUGAAGACCUUAUCAUCUAA